AUGUCACAUGCAUGUGGAUCCGCGGACAACAGGCGCACCAGCGUUGGAUGUGGUGGGAAGGGCCCACCACACGCUUCCCUCACGCCGCGACCGUUCCGUCGCCGUCGUCCCCUCCCCUUCUCCCCCUCCUCAUCUCGGCACCUUCUCGCCGCGACCUCCCCGUCGCCGCAUCCCGAGGAUUUCGCCGCCAAGUCCCGCCGAUUUCGCCGCCGCGUUCUCUCCGCCCGCGGAUUUCCCGCGAAUUUCCCCGCCGCCGCGGAUUUCACGCGAAUUCCCCGCGGAUUCCCCGCGGAUUCCCCGCGCAUUCCCGUCGCCGCCUGCCCUCCCCCCGCGGCAGCAGCAGCAGCAGCAACAGCAGCAGCAGCGGCAGCAGCAGCAGCAGCGGCAGCAGCAGCUGCAGCGGCAGCGACAGCAGCAGCAGCAGCGGCAGCAGUAGCAGCAGCGGCAGCAGCAGCAGCAGCAGCAGCAGCAGCAGCGACAGCAGCAGCAGCGGCAGCAGCAGCAGCAGCGGCUUCCCCCGCAGCGGCAACAGCAACGGCAGCAGCGACAUCAGCAGCAGCCGUGCCAGCCGCGCCCGUGACUGCUCCCUCCUUCCCCUCCCCCCUCUCCCCCUCUCCCUCCGUUACUCCCUCUCCCCUCUCCUUGACGCCGCCGCAGCAGCUACAGCCGCGGCAGCAGCGGCAGCGGCAACAGCAGCAGCAGCAGCAGCGGCAACAGCAGCAGCAGCAGCAGCAGCAGCAGCAGCGGCAGCAGCAGCAACAGCGGCAUCCCCGGCAGCACCACCAGUGGCAGCUCGGCAGCAGCUACAGCCGCGGCAGCAGCAGCAGCAGCAGCAGCGGCAACAGCAGCAGCAGCGGCAGCAGCAGCAGCAGCGGCAUCCCCAGCAGCAACGACAGCACCGGCAGCAGCACCGCCAGUGGCAGCCGUGCCCGCCGCGCCCUUGACUGCACCCCCCUCCCUCUCCCCCUCUCCCUCCGCCUCUCCCUCUCCCCUCUCCAAUCGGCAGCAGCGGCAGCCGAGGCAUCCCCAGCUGCAGCAGCAGCAGCUGCAGCGGCAGCAGCAGCAACAGCAGCAGCAGCGGCAGCAGCAGCACCAGCAGCAGCAGCAACAGCCGGAGGGGUCCAGCAGCAGCACCCCCCCCUCCCCCUGGCCGCCGCGGGUCCACCCGCCGUCGCCUCCCCCUUGACCGCCGCGGGUUCACCCGCCGUCGCUGCUGCGGACGCCACCUUCCUCCACCACCGCCGUGAAUACCUCAUCCGCAAGGCCGACCAUGACGUUGCUCUCCUCAACUAUGAGUUUGCCUCGUCCGAGCGUUCCACUCGCCUGGAACUGGUUGCCGAGUACAACACCUCCAUGGCGGCUUACGUCCCCAACAGCGUCGCCUGGGCCGCUGCCGACAACCGCGCUUACACCAUCCUCCUCGGUGCACUCCCCGACACCCUUAUGCGCCGCUUCCAAGCUCGCGAGAUGCGCGCUCACCUAAUUUGGACCGAGCUCCAGUCUAUGUUCGAGCGUCGCGACAUCAGCUCUGUUGGCGUUCUCUUCCAGGAGUAUUUCUCCAUCACCCUCGCCACCUGUGACGGCGCAGUCGACUAUGUCGGGCGCAUGCAGGAGGUUGCCGAUCGCCUUGCCGCUCGCCAGGCUGCCCUUUCCGAGCCCCUACAGAUCCACCGUCUGCUCUUCAACCUCACGCCAGACUAUGAGUCCCGCCUUCACGCCUUCACCGAGGCGAACCCCUUGGCUGGCCUCCCCGAAGUGACGCAGUGGAUCAUUGACACAGAGGUCAAGCUCCGCACCCCCAUUGUCAACCUCACCACCACUCACUCCUCCUCCGCCUCCCUCAAUGCCACACAGCCGCGCACUCAGGGUGGUCGCACCGGCGGUAGCGGGGGUCGUGGAGGGAGUGGAGGUGGCAGUCGGGGUAGUGGCCGUGGUGGCCGUGGUGGUAGUGGUGGUGGUGGUGGUCCUAGUGGCCCCGCUCCCGGAGGCUCCUCUAGUGCUGGUGGAGCUCUCCAGCAGUUUCAGCAGCACCAGCAGCAGCAGCAGCAGCAGCAGUACUUCCCGUAG